AUGCCAAAAUUCUACAAAUAUUUAAGACAUAUUGAUAUGCUUGUGACUCCUUAUGAAUUUAAUGUAACAAAAAGUUAAAAAUCUUUAACAAAACUAGGUAAUCAAAAAUUAUUAUUAGGUGGUUUUUUUUCACUUGCAAUAUUAAUUUUAAUGAUUGUUUACACUAUAAGCAUUUUUAUAUCAGCAAUUUCAAAAUCUGGAUCGAUUUAUGCAGGAACAUAAACAAACAGUGAUUUUUAGUAUUUAGAUUAAAAUACAUCUCGUUUCUUGUUAUAAUUAUCUUAUGCAUAAAGUGGAGAAAUAAUUAAUUAUGAUUAAGAAUUUUAGACGUAUAUAAUCUAUUUAAAUCUUAGAUAUUUAUAAUUUAGAGUUGAAUAUGUUUAAUAAAUAAGACCAUAAAAUACAUCAUUGUAUAAAAGAGAAAUUAAUUAACUGAAUAUAUCAUCAUGUUCAUCAGAUAUUAUUGAUAAUUUUAAAUUCAAUUAAUAAUCUAUUUCAGAGGAUCGAAAAUAAAAAUUCAUAUGUUUUAAAGGAGGAUACAAAAUGUCUGGGUCAUUUUUUGAUCCAAUUUAUAAUUAUUUGAAAAUUUCAAUGAUUAAAUGUACUAAUUCUACAAUGUGUAAAUCAAUAAAUUAGAUUGAAGACUUACUAAAUAAAGGGUAUAAUAUAAAAUAAAAAUUAGAAUUAAUGUUAAUAUUCUAAUUUAGAAUUCUAAAAUCAAAUAAAAAUUAAAUAUGACUUAACCUUCAGAAGAAAGUGCAUAUAUUGUAUUUUGGAGAUUAAAUGCAGGAAUAGCAAAUGGUGAAGAUAUUUUUUUGUAGCCUAUUUUAAUUGAGUUGAUAAAUAGUAAAAAUGUUUUUACAUCUUUAACAAACAUUGAUGAUGUAAGAACUAGCAUUUUUAGAUCUUCAAAGGUGGAAAAAUAAGAAAGAAGACAAUAUCCUAUUAUCUUAAGCACAGCAGAUGAAUUAAGUUCAUUUUAUUUAAGAGUUUCUUCUGACUCUUAAUAUUUUUUUGCUUCAAAAACUGAACCAUUCAGUGUCUUUCUCGAUUCAGUAGCUUAAGCUUCCGGAUUAACUGUAGCAAUUUUAGGAUUUGCAAAGAUACUUUAUAAAAUAUAUAUUGCUCAUGAAACUUAUGUGAAGGUUAUGAAUCAAGUGUUUAAGUUUGAUUUUAGAGAUAAUACUACAAUCAAAGAAAAUGAGAGUUUUGAAUCUAAUCAUAAUUUAGAUAAGAAGAGAGGUUUAGAUUAAUUAUAUUCAAAUUAGUUAGAUUAUUCAUUUUUCACUUACAUUCAAAUUAAAUUGAUAAAGAUUUUUGGUGAUUUUUGUUUAUUCAAAUGUUGUUGUAAAAAAAAUUAUGACAAAAAAACUAUUAUGGCUUAAAUUGCUAAAUCUAAAAUUAUGUCAGAUCUUGAAUUAUCAAAUAUAGUCAAGAAAUUAUAUGAGAUUGACUCAUUAAAAUUAUUUUUAUUUGAUGAUGUUUAAUUGAAAUUAUUCAAUAGUUUUUCUGAACCAGUAAUUUAUAAAAAAAUUACAGACCAAAAAAAUGUCUUGAAGACUAUAUAUAAAGACUAUAAUAGGUAAUUUAUGAAAGGAUCUCUUUUAGAAAAAUAUAAGUUUAAAAAUUAAAUUUCUGGGCCAAUGGAUUUAAAAGAUAUUUUCUCAUCUAAAAGUAUCUUAAUUCUUAUAUAUUAUGAAAGUUCCGAUUGAAAUUUAAUUAAAUAAAGUUUCUCGAUUUUUCAAAGCUCAAAUUAAGGCUUCAAAUGGAUAAGAAUUAUUACAAGCUUAUUCCAAAAUUUUAUAAGGUGAAAAUUCCAAUAAAAAGAUGAAUCAAUAAUUGCUAAACUUUAUUUAAUACAAUACUAUUUUAUAUUAAAUGAUUGACCUAUCACACAAGGUAAGAUUUUAAUUCAAAUUAGAAAUAUUCUUUAAAAUCUAUCGAAAGAGAAGAAGAAAGAGAAGAAAAUAAAUUUGUAAAUGUUAGAUCUCAAUAUUUCAAAAUUUAGUAAUAAUCUAAAGAUAUAAAUGACAAUUUUAUUAUUGAUGAGGUUAAGAAUUCCGUUUCAGGUAGUUCUCCGAAUUCUGAAUUUUCAAUUUAAAAAUAUGGAUAUAUAAGUGCAAAUGAAGGUGAUCAAUAAAUAGAAUAACAGGAAUUUGAUGUUAUAUAAGAAAAGGAAGGAAUUUAACUAAAUGAAAUGGAAAACUAAUCUAAUGAAAAAAAAUUAAAAAUUCUUUGA